UAUUAAUUGUUUUUCGUGCAAAUUUGAAAGUUACAAUUUAUCGAUUUGAAUAUGAUAUAUUAAUUCUUAGUAAAUAAAAUGAAUAAUCAGGGUUCAAUAAACAGUAUGAAUAUUGAGCUCAAUUUCAAUACGUUUUGUAGUCGAGAAAUGACACGUUUGAAUUCGGGAAAUCUUGCUAUAUUUUAUUGAUAAUUGAUAGCAUAUUUAUACACUAUUGAUUAUGAGUUAAUUUAAAAUAAAAAAUUGUACAAUACUAAAUCUUUACGUCCGUUAUCUUUAAUAUAUAAUUAUGUUAUAAGUUUUUAAAUAAUUUUGAAUCAAAUUUAACCAUUCUUAAUUGUGAACAAAAUUUAUUUAUUGACACUUCUAAUAAAAAAUUUAUAUAAGAUAUCUCAAAUGAUGGAUCAUUUGUCAGACUCUCCUGUCGAAUGGGAAAAUGAUACAUUUGAGGACACUAUAAUUCACAAACAGAAUUGGAAUUCUAAGGAUCAUAUUCUCUUUUUGAUUGAUGCUUCAAAACCUAUGUUUCAAAAAUAUUGUGACAAAAAAAACUUCUUUACUUUAUGUAUUGAAAGUUGCAAGGCUACUGUAUUAGACACCAUAAAGAAGUGUAAAAAUGAUAAAAUUGGUUUGAUAUUAUUUGGGACAAGUAAUAUUAAUAAAACAUAUCCAAAAUUCUUAAAUGUUUUGUUUGAAAUUAAAAAACCAAAUGUUGAGUUUAUAAAAAUGCUUGAUGAACUUUUAACAGUUGAUGAAACAAAAUUUGGACAGUCAUCAAUUUGUCCUAUUGCUGAUGCCAUUUGGUAUGGUAGUUUUUUAAUUACAAAAUUUAAAGAAAAACAAUGUCAUUCAAGUAUAAUAUUUAUGACAUGCUGUGACAAACCACAAAUUAAUAAUAAGAAAACAUUAUAUAAACGCCUUAAUGAUAUUAUAAAAAAUAAAAUUGAAUUUAAAUUCAUACCACUUGGAGCAAAGUUUAGUAUCACUAAUUUUUAUAAAGAUCUAUUCUAUGAUUUUAAUGUUAUUAGUAAACCAUCUAAUGGGUUUAUAAAUACUAAUGAUAUAGUGUCUACAGUUAAUAAUUUAAAUAGAAAACAAAGAAGUGUUAAUACAUUAAAAUUUAAUAUUGAUAAUUCUACUUUUUUUACGGUAUCAUUAUAUAAUUUUUAUUCAGAGCAAAAAAUUCAGCCUAUAGUUAAAUUGGAUAAAUGUACAAAUGAAAUAGUUGAGUCUUUAAGACAAGCAUUCCAUGCUGAAACUGAUGAAGUCAUUCCUAAGUCUAAUUUAGCAAAAGUAUGUAAUAUAUCAAAUAAAAACAUAUUUUUUCAAAAUGAAGAAUUCUUAAUAAUAAAUGAUAUGAUGGAACCUAGUAUUAGGUUAUUAGGAUUUAAAAGUACUGAAAAUUUUCAUGUAUAUUACCACUAUAAAAGUGGUUCUUUCAUUCAACCAAAUGAAAAAGUAGAAGGAAGUUAUACUAUAUUCAACUGUUUACUCGAAUGCUGUUUAAAAAUGAAUAAAAUUGCUAUAUGUUUCAUCAAAGUUAGAAAUGGUGGUCUAAUCAAUUUAGCAGCACUUGUUCCUCAACCUCAUAUUCAAGAUGACCAGGGUAACCAAAUUGAACCACCUGGAUUUCAUAUUAUGUAUUUGCCAUAUGCUGAAUGUCUUAGAGAUGUUCCUGCAGAUUCAAAAGUAUCUAAUUGUCAAUUAAAUGAUUAUCAUAUUCAAAUAGCAUCUCAGAUAAUAGAUAAUAUGCCAAUAAAAGAUAAUCCAACUAUGAUAUCCAAUCCAAAAAUAGAUUUUCAUUGGGCAAUGUUGGAAGCAAUAGCAUUUAACAUAGAAAAACCUGAAGUUAUAGAUGGAACAGUACCUGAUUUUAAUUUUAUUGAUAAGAAUUUAAGUAAUUUAAAAAAUGAUAUUUUUGGGAAAUUAAUUCCUUUAGAUUACCAUCCAUCAUCAAUAGUAACUUCAAAACGCCAAGCUUCAAAUUCAAAUCACAUUGAAAUGGUUAAAAAGUUUCGAAAAAUUCCUGAUUACUAUAGAAUGAAAGACCUUGUAUCAAAAAAAUUAGUAGAUAAGUUAACAGUUAAUGAAUUGAGACAAUUUUUGAAAGAUAAUGGAAUACAAAAUACUGGAAAUAAAUUUGAGUUAGUCAAUAAAGUUUAUGACUCAUUUAAAAUUUAAACUUGAUUGUUAAAAUAUUUCUCAAUACAAUUAAUUUGUUCUAAAAAUAAAAAUUGUAUUUAUUUGUUAUAUAUGUGUUUUUGAAAAAGAUGAUUUUGUAUUAUUUUUGUUUAUAACUAUACUUAAUAACAUAUUUUUUUAAUAAAGGAAUUUUUUAAUUAUA